UCAUACUCCUCCUCCCCCGCCCACCCAUAGAAAGAAAAAGUAGACUACUGCGCCCCAAUUCAGUAAAAAGGCAAAACUGGGGUUGGUACUCUCUCUCUCUCUCUCUCAAUAAAAGCAGCACCAAAGCAAAGAGGCAGCUAGCCUAGCCCUAAUCAGUUCAGUAGUAACUGCCAUACGGUUAUAUUUUCGUUUCUCAAUCCAAAGAUCUACAGCACUUCAUAUAGGGGAGUAGAGUUGAGAGGUUAGGGCAGAAAUUUCUGUAUCGCUCCACGAUACCAUGGACAUGUCCAGCGAUUUCGAUCGCCUCCUUUUCUUCGAGCACGCUCGCAGAACCGCCGAAGCUACCUACGCCAAAAACCCUCUCGACGCCGAUAACUUGACCAGAUGGGGAGGAGUCUUGCUGGAAUUGUCGCAGUUUCAGAACGGUCCGGAUUCCAAGAAGAUGGUUCAAGAUGCUAUUGAGAAGUUGGAGGAGGCACUAGUUAUUAACCCUAGAAAGCAUGAUGCACUCUGGUGCCUCGGAAAUGCAUACACAUCUAAUGCAUUUCUCAUUCCUGAUCUUGAUGAGGCUAAGGGUUACUUCGACAAGGCUACCCAUUACUUUGAGCAAGCAUAUGAAGUGGAACCACAAAAUGAACUUUACAAGAAGUCUUUAGAAGUGGCUUCCAAGGCUCCUGAGUUACAUGUGGAGAUCCACAAGCAUGGUUUGGCUCAGCAGGCUAUGGGACAGGGCCCUUCAUCAUCUUCUAGUACGAAGCAGCAGACUACCAAGAAGAGCAAAAGUAGUGAUCUCAAGUAUGACAUCUUUGGCUGGAUAAUCCUAGCAGUUGGGAUUGUUGCAUGGGUGGGAUUUGCAAAAUCUAAUAUGCCUCCACCUCCUCCAAGAUAAGAUGGGGAAUUUGCUUUGUAUAACUUGGCGGGGACUCCUUCCAUAGGAAUUUUCCUUGGUUAGCUGAGAUAGUCAAGAAAAUACUAGUUUCUCAUCAACAUAAUUUUGACUAAAAACCGUCUGGUACUGUAGCCAAUCAAAUAAGGAAGUCUCGAUAUUGUUUUGCUUUACUUUAUUUUUGAUUUGUUCAAGUUUUUGAAGCCUUUUUCUUUCUUGGUAACCUCUUGACAGAGUUGACAUGCUUAUUACGCGUCUUGCUUACUGGAAUGUUGCUGUUA